GAAGGACCCACGGCUGAAAUCAAAGUCCACGUCUCCUCUGAGUUUCACUUUUGACAUACUGCACUGGCGGGAGGCGACUGCUGUUCCGAUUGGACUCUCAUUUUCAGAGCCUGCCUGGGGGAUUUGGCUCUGCCGUCAGUUUGCAUGAGGCAGCAUCGAUCCUCCCUUUACCCAAAGCCCUGGGGAGCCAGGAGCCGCCUCCACCCCUAGCUGGCUGUCCCACGGUUGUCUCCGGUCGUUCUGUGGACGCCUGCUGUGGGGAGGAAGGACACUCUGGCAGCUGCGGGCUCCACCACAAGGAAGAGAGGGAGGCACGAUGUUGGACUUCUCGCAGUACAGUCUGUCUGGUGCGGUUGCCUCCUUCUUCUUCAUCCUGCUGACCCUGAAGCCUCCAGGUUUUACUCUAAAUUAUGUGAGGACGUUGUAUCUGCCUUGGACAUCACACGGGGUUGUUCUUGAAUACUGGAGAUGUCGGUGCAGGUGGCAGCAUUUACUCCACUUUUAUUCUUUCCUUUGUGUUUUGUCUUUGUAUUUACCAGCUUCCCUAACAGUGAUUGGGCCUUCCCAUCCCAUCCUUGUCAGGGUGGGAGAAGAUGUGGAGUUAACCUGUUACCUGUCCCCCAAGGUGAAUGCACAGAACAUGGAGGUGAGGUGGGUCCGAUCCCACUGUUACCCAGCUGUUCAAGUGUAUGUGGACGGGGACCAUGUGGCUGGAGAGCAGAUGGUGGAAUACAGAGGGAGGACUGCUCUGGUGGGUGAUGCGAUCCACGAGGGGAGACUGACACUGCAGAUACAUGGUGCCAGGACUUCAGAUGAUGGGCAGUACCGGUGCCUUUUUGAAAUUGAUGAUGUCUACCAGGAGGCCAGCAUGGAUCUGAAGGUGGUAGGAGUGGGCUCUUCCCCACUGAUCACCAUGGAAGGACUGAAGGAUGGAGACGUGCAGCUGAUGUGCACUUCGGACGGGUGGUUCCCACAGCCCCUUGUGCAGUGGAUGGACAGACAGGGAGAGGCAAUGCCGUCGUUUUCUGAGGCCCUGAGUCAAGACAGCCGUGGGCUGUUCCAUGUGGAGACGGCUUUAUUGGUGGCAAGGAGCUCCAUUGUGAACGUGACUUGUUCCAUCAGCAACCCCCUUUUGGGUGAGAGGAAAACAGCAUCCUUUUCUUUCUCAGAGUCCAGGAUGAAUUUGUUGUGGAUCAUACUGCUUAUGUUGGGAUUGCUUCUUGUUGUGGCUGUAGGCCUGAGUAGGAGGAAGAGCCGUAAGAAAGCAAAUGUGAUACCAGAUCUAAAUACAGCACACUCAAGAUCGAUUGAUUCUGAGGAAACCACGGAUAUGACCCAUGGACAUUUGGACAGCCAGAUACCCAACAGAGAUCUGACUACCUGCUCCUCGUGCAGGGCCAGGAGGCACACAAGCCAGGGAGGCGGGACUGAGAGGUGGAGGGUGAGAACAGGAGAGGAAAGCUCCCCAGUGUUGUAAAGGAAGAUGUUGUGAGGAAGGGCAUCACCUCUGUGUCACGUGAGACUGAGGUCUAUUGCAGUGGAUCAUUAUGGAAAUGAGGACUGGGAGGCCAGCAUUGUGGUGCAGUGGGUUCAGCUGUAGCUUGCAAUGCUGAUGUCCCAUAUCAGAAUGCUGGUUGGAGUCCUGGCUGCUCCACUUCUAAUCCAGCCCCUUGCUAAUGCACCUGGGAAGGCAGCAGAGCAUGGCCCAUGUGCCUGGGUCCCUUCCAUCUACAUAGGAGACCUGGUUGGAGUUCCAAACUCCUGGCGUCUGUCUGUCCCAGCCCUGGCUGUUGCAGCCAUUUGGGGAAUAGAACAAGGUAUGAAAGAUCUGUCUCUUUUUUUUCUCUUCAUACAUGCACACACUCAUGUAUACAUAUAUCCUCCCUCUCUCCUUUUCAAAUAAGUAAAUAAAUAUAUUUUUUAAAAAGGAAGUGCAUACUGAGCCAUCAUCCAUUCUCCAAAUCUCUGCGUGAAAGUGGUUCAUGGAUCAGAACGUCCAUGGGUCAGAAUCUCCUUGACUAGAUCUCAAACACCUCUCCUUGCACAACAUGACCAACAUACACCACAUCUGCACCUGCCCCAAACCUUCCUGCUCUGGGGCUCCGCAUUCUCUGGUUCUCCAGAGUAUUUCAUAGACUGAGGAGAACCUCUUCAACAACCUUGGAAUCUGGAAAUCAGGGUUGCAUUCUGAUUCCCAGAUGUAUUUCUCCUGUUAUCAACGGCUUGAAAGGGGCUUGCGUGAUCAUCAAGGAACUGAGAGUGCUUUACCCUCACUCCAGCCGCCAACAUGAUCCAAGGCUGAUCCUGCCAGGGAUAUGUCCUAGUUCAAGCUCUGUGAUACCCACCUACUGAUCACAAUAUGACAUCUGAUUAGCUGCACAACCUCUCUUUGCCUCAGUUUCCAUAUCUAGCAAUCGGUUAAUGAUAUUGCAUCCCUUAUGAACUUAUAUUUGAGACUGGCUCACAAUGGAUCCAUGGCUCCUUCUGUCCCUCCUUGCUUGUCUGUAAAUAACAGACCCACUUUGCAUACCCUCUUGUGUGUGUGUGUGCCCCAUCUCACUGGGCACAGAUAAGCAGGUAACCAGUGCAUGGUGAACUUAGACAGUAGCCCAUAUUGCAAUGGGUGUGAGAAUAUGGAGUAUAUGUAUUAUUCUUCCACAAGUGUUUACAUAUUUAUUUUAUUUAAAAAAUUUCAAUUCAGUAAAAUAAGUACAAUUCAUCAUUUGGAUCAUUUUAAAGCAUGCAAUUUAGUACUAUUCCAUAUAUUCACAAUGUUGUACAACCGCCAUUGUUAUUUUGUUGGAGAAUAUCUUCAUCAUCCCCUAAAGGAAACUCCAUACCCACUAAGUAGUUGGUCCUCAGUUGUUCUUCCCACCAGCAUCUGGCAACUACCAAUUUACCCUUUGUCUUUAGGAAAUUUUCUAUUCUGGUUAUUUCACAUAAAUGGAAUAACAAAUGUGUAACAGGUUUGCUUAUUGCCAGUCCUAAUAAAGGACUCCCACUGCUUGGAAAAUGGCAAAUAUCAUCAUUGCACCAACCUCCAGAAGCAGGAGUCCAUACCUUUAGGCUCACUGCAUCCUGGGGUUAGAUACAACCUAUAGAGAUAUAAUCCUACAUAAGACACAAUUCUUGUUUUAGGCAUUUGACCAUUCUAGUCGUCACUCAGUUUUUAAAUGUCUUGUCAUAUUGUAAUAAACUUGUUUAAAAUAAGAUUUCCAGAGUUGUCCAUCAAUGAAGAAUUAAUGGAAUAAGCCAGAUGAUGAAUUUAUGGUCAUUACUUUUCCAGAAACUACAAGCUAUUUGGAGACCUCUCCCUGCUUGUUAACUUACCCACAGUUACAGAUGAGGCUAAUGCAGGCAUUGGUAUCUCUGACAUUGCUACAACUCUGAAUCAAACAAGACAUCUACCUUCACAAUGUCUUUCAUUGUCCACCUCCAGAAAGGCAUAAUCCCAUUAAAAUGAGUGGAGAUGUGAUGGGUAGAAGAGUCUUGUAGAAUAAAACAUGAAUUUAGGUCCCUGCAGAAGAGAUUCUAAAAAUGCGCUUGUGAUGAAAUCUUUACUUAAUAUAUACUAAAUCGAUCUUCUGUAUAUAAAGAUAAUUGAAAAUUGAUCUUGAUGUGAAUGGAAUGGGAAAGGGAGCGGGAGA